UCCUCCCUCUCUGUCUCCCCAUCUACCCUUGUCUCUCUUUCUCCACCCCCUCUCUCUUUCUUUCCCUGUGUUUUUCUCCAGAGACCUCCAGUUUUUCAAGAACACACUGUUCUUAACUACUACUAAGAGAGAACCACAGAAGUUAUGUUCCCUCUGCGUGCAGCCCUCUUGGCCAUAUUGGUCAGCGUGGCCCUGUGCCAGGAUUACGACUAUGAAUACCAGCCUCGUUCCAUGCUAGGACCCUCAGGGCCCAACUGUGAUCAAGAAUGCGACUGCCCGAUCAAUUUUCCCACCGCCAUGUAUUGUGACAGCCGCAAACUCAAGGCUGUCCCCAUCGUCCCAACAGGGAUCAAGUACCUGUACCUCCAGAACAACCAGAUAGAAGAGAUCAAAGCAGGGGUUUUUGAUAAUGUCACUGAUGAACUCCGCUGGCUGGUACUUGACAACAACCAGAUUACCAAUGCCAAGAUAGAGAAGGGCACAAUCGACAAGCUCACCGCCCUGGAGAAGCUAUUCUUCAGCAACAACAACCUGACAGAGCCGGUCAUCCCUCCCUCAAAGUUCCUUGAUGAGCUGAAGAUGAUGCACAACCAGAUAUCCAAGUUCCCCGCUGGACUCUUGUCUGACAAGGACAACUUAACUUCCAUUUACCUUCAGCACAAUCGGCUAACGACCGAUGCCAUCGGGGGGGCAUUCAAAGGGUUGAAGAAGCUAACAUCUCUGGACAUGAGCCACAACAACCUGAAAAAGCUGCCAGCCGGAGUCCCAAGUUCGCUGCAAAUCCUCUAUGCCGACUUCAACGACAUCGACAGUAUCGGUGCGGGAUACCUGAGCAAGCUGACCGCGCUGCGGUACCUGAGGAUCGCCCACAACAAGCUGGUGGACUCGGGAAUCCCUGCUGGGGUGUUCAAUGUGACAUCGCUGGUGGAGUUGGACCUGUCCUUCAACAAACUUCAGUCCAUCCCCGAGAUCAACGAGCAUCUGGAGCAACUCUAUCUGCAGGCCAACGAGAUCAACAAGUUUGAACUGACAAGUUUCUGCAAGCUCGUCACAACUGUCAGCUUUUCCCACCUGAAGCAUCUGCGUCUGGACGCCAACCAAAUCACGCACGACAGCAUGCCCCCUGAAUACUUCAACUGCCUGCGCCAGGCUUCAGAAAUCCUGUUUGAAUAAGGACUUCCCUCAAAUCAAUAACCUCGCCACGAUCUCUUUCUCCACUACAAUGUUGCAGAUCCGCCCAAAGCCUUCUCAGUUUGAAUGGCGUAAUAUCCCUCCUGUGUCUUUGUAUAUAAGUAUCAUGCAGAUCUGAGGUACUGUAAUGGAAUCUUUAUUAAUUCAAUAUACAUUGUGAAUGAAUUAAGAUCUGGGCAAAUUUGAGAUACAAUAGCUGAAAUGAAAGUCAGAUUGCAAAAUUCAUCAGGCAUCAAACAAGUGUUUUUAACUGACUCCAUAUAUCCACAUAAAGAAAGAAUAGCUGAAUAUAUGUACCAAAAGUUACGUUGAUUAAAAACACAUACUUCACACAUUCCAUCUUGUAUUGAAGACACAGUGGAGCAAACUAUGGCUCCAAUGUCUCAUUUUAGUUGUUCUUUUUUUGUCUGUCUUUUCAGUUUCAAUGUUUAGCAUAUAUAAUAAAACGUGGGUACGAUAAUAAAUCCAUUGCUGUGCAAAGGAGCAGCAAAUAAGGACUGCGUACUCAGAUUUCAGUGUAUGAUAGUAUAAUACCAUCGUUAUUAAUUGUUUCUGUCAUUGUAUGCCAUCUUUAAAGAUUGCCUUGAUCCAACUACCAUGAGGUUGACAUUUUCGAACUAGAAAGUUAAAAGUGUCAACAUAUACGCAACUGAAAAAUGUCUUAUGGCAAAUAACUCCUUCAAAUCUUUAAGGCAAACAGAGCUUUUCCUGAAGUACUUGGUGUUAAAGGUUUAAUAAAUGACACUUGAUUAAAAGACAUUGGUAGCAUCCUUGAAACAAACCUUGAGAUGAUGGAUGGUGUUUCUAAGGAAUCACAACUUGAAUUGUUUCUUUACCUUAACUAAUUCUUAGCUUUCAACUUAAUCGUGCAUUGCUGAUUUGUAUACAUUUCUAUUAAUUGCAUGCAACCAAUGGUACCAUUCUUUCAUAAUAAACUACAGCUUUUGCACUUGA